UCACAAAAAAAGAAAAAAAAGAAAAAAAAAGACCAAAGCAGGCAAGGUCAUAUUCCCUAGUAAGAUUAGACUGUCUGGGAGUGACAGCGUUGUUUGGUUGUACAACACUCAAGAGAUUGACUGCUCUGAAGUCUGAAGAGAAGAGAGCUGUUUAAUCUUAUUCUCGCUUCCAUUUCUCCUCCAAAUGGCUGCUUCCGUUCAGCUAAAUCUCCGUUCCUUCAAAGCCCCCUUUAAUCUUAAACCCAUUGCCAAACAGUUCUCCAGACCCGGCAGGAUCAGGUGCGCCGCCACCACACCAACCAAACGCUACAGCAUCACUCUUCUUCCCGGAGAUGGUAUCGGCCCUGAAGUCAUCACCGUCGCCAAAAACGUCCUCAAACUCGUUGGCUCUCUCGAAGGGAUUGAAUUUAGCUUCCAAGAGAUGCCCAUGGGGGGAGCUGCUUUGGAUUUGACUGGAGUACCAUUGCCUGAGGAAACCCUUUCUGCCGCACAAAGAGCUGAUGCCGUUCUCCUUGGCGCAAUUGGAGGGUAUAAGUGGGAUAAGAAUGAAAAACAUUUGAAGCCUGAGACUGGUCUGCUUCAGCUUAGAGAAGGACUUAAAGUCUUUGCAAAUUUGAGGCCAGCUACUGUUUUGCCACAGUUAGUGGAUUCCUCAACUUUGAAGAAAGAUGUUGCUGAGGGUGUUGACCUUAUAGUUGUAAGGGAGCUUACGGGAGGUAUUUAUUUUGGAAAACCAAGGGGAUUUGGUACCAAUGAAAAGGGUGAGGAUAUUGGCUUCAACACUGAGGUGUAUUCUACUCAUGAGAUUGAUCGUAUUGCUCGUGUUGCUUUUGAGAUUGCUCGCAAGCGGCGUGGACAACUCUGUUCUGUUGACAAAGCUAAUGUUUUGGAGGCAUCAAUGCUUUGGAGGAAAAGAGUUACGGCAAUUGCUUCUGAAUAUCCUGAUGUUGAGCUCUCACACAUGUAUGUUGACAACGCAGCAAUGCAGCUUGUUCGCUAUCCAAAACAGUUUGAUACAAUUGUGACCAACAACAUAUUUGGUGAUAUUUUGUCUGAUGAAGCUUCAAUGAUCACUGGAAGCAUAGGGAUGCUUCCGUCUGCUAGUCUUGGUGAAUCAGGACCUGGACUCUUUGAGCCUAUUCAUGGUUCUGCUCCUGAUAUUGCUGGACAGGACAAGGCAAACCCGCUUGCAACAAUUCUCAGUGCUGCAAUGCUUUUGAAGUAUGGCCUAGGGGAAGCAAAUGCUGCAAACAGAAUUGAGAACGCAGUUCUGGAUACUCUUAAUAGGGGUUUCCGAACAGGCGACAUAUACUCCACUGGAAAUAAACUAGUCGGCUGCAAGGAGAUGGGAGAGGAAGUACUGAAAUCAGUUGACUCACCAGUUCCAACUGCUAUAUGAAUAAAAAACAGCUGAGUACCAAAACAGGAGGCCUCCAUCUGGGUUAGCCAUUUUUUUCUCUUCUUUUCUGAGUUUUCAAAGCUCUUGUAGACCGGCUCUUCAUAGUUAAAAAGGGUUUAGUUUUUUGUAUUGGAGUCAAAGCUCCAUUUAUGUAUAACUCAUAAUUUUCUGUAUACAGUUUUUGGAGGUUGCGAUUUCUGUUUUUA